CUAACUCAUUCUUCCUGAUAAAAGGGUCUGGCGGGCGCACUUUAGCCUAGUCGCCUUCUCUCUCUCUCUCUCUGUGCAUCUCAGAGCAUCCAGAGCAAGCACGAACGGAGGAGAGAACCACUGAAGAAGACAACAACAGCCUCACCAACCAAACCUUUCCUUUUCAGACCGAGACACUCAUCCACCCGGAGAUUCCCGCAAUACCCACAAGUUCCUCCAAUCCAUCUCCCAUAUUCUCCCAAUUUUGGGGGUUUAAUUUCCAUAUUUGAGCUGAAAAUGGAGAAACACACUGCCCACUACAAGUUCAACGCUUGUGGCAUAGUGUAACUUUUAUUUCACUCUCUCUCUCUUUUUGUCUCUCGCUUUCUCUCUCUCUCUCUCUCUAUUUUUAUCAAGCUGAAUGGGUUGCCGGAGAAUGAUCGCCGGAGAUUUAGACCCAGAAAGGAAGAGGAGCGGCGGGCUGAGGACCAAACAGGCCGGACGCGGGUCUUGCCGUGGAAGUUAGCCUCCGGAGCCAGUCGCCGUAAAGAAAUGCACUGAAGCAUUGACUUUUUCACUCUCUUUGCCUCUCUUUAUAUCUCGAACUUUGUGGGUUGUCUUCUACUCUUCUUUUCUUGGUUGGUUGACUGUUAUAUUCAAGUUUGAGCUAUGGGCUACCUUUUGAAAGAAGUUUUGAAGACUCUAUGUGGAGUUAAUCAGUGGUCUUAUGCCGUUUUCUGGAAGAUCGGUUACCAAAACCCGGAGCUUCUGAUCUGGGAAGAAUGCUACUACGAAUCUAUUCCAUCUCCUACUCUUCCGCCUAUUGCUGCAAUUGGGAGCUCAGGACUGGUUUUGGAAGAGUGGGAAGCAUCCUGCGUCUCUGCCGAACAUCGGAAUCUCCUAGCCAUAGCUCGACCAGAUGUUCUAGUCCCAUCACUAGUAGACAAAAUGAUGAUGUGUAGCCCGAUUAAAGUUGUGGGACAGGGGCUAGUUGGACGUGCUGCAUUUACUGGUAAAUAUUUGUGGGUCCUUUCCGAGAACUAUGCUAGAGAAGCCUACCCACCAGAGGUUCAAAAUGAGGUCUGCCAGCAAUUUUCAGCUGGUAUAAAGACUGUUGCAAUUAUUCCCAUCCUCAGUCAUGGUGUGGUUCAAUUUGGUUCAUCAUUGGCUAUUAUGGAGAAUGUAGCAUUUGUGAACACCGUGAAGAGUUUAAUGCUUCAACUUGGAUGUGUUCCUGGUGCUUUAUUAUCUGACAACUACACAGCAAAAGAACAUCCUCCCAUGAUUGGUGCAGCCGUCUUUCCUGAAAAAUCUAUUUCUGCUGAUCCAUCUGGGAAUUAUAAGGUGAAAGACUCUGUUCCAUCUCUUGCUGACGGCUCUUAUAGGUGCUACCAACAAAGUAUCCCAUCUCAGGCUGUGGGAUCGCACUUUACAUUUAAACAGAUAGAGAAUAACCUUCAUGGCAAUUCUUCAACAUUUCAAACUCCAAACCUGACCCAGAAUAUAGCUAGAUCAUCACUAAAUGGCCCCUGCCUGCCAAACAUAAUCCCAGGAACAAAACCAGGCCGCCUUCUCAGUAACCUGCUAGAAAUCGAAGAAACAAGAGCUGAAGUCAUUUCUUUGAACCCACACACACAUCUGAGUCAGCAAGAAUCUCUCUACAAUCAUAGAUCUAAAUUUGGUGAACAACCUCCUGUUGGUCCAUCAUCUACAAAUUAUAGCAAUUCAAGAAUAAAUGAUGCCCAGAGAUUGCCAAAUGCUGUCCUACAGGAGCGUGCUAACAAUUAUUUAAGCAAUUCCUGUGGCAUUAGAAUGUCUCAGCAGCUUAGUGCAAAUGGAAACCAAAGUUCUAGUGCAGGACAGUUGCAGACUGGAGGUAGUGAUCCAAGAUCAAGUCCAAACCUGUGUUCUCUUCUAAAUGUGCACAAAUCAGCAGGCAUCGAUGUCUCUUGCACACGUCUUCCUGGGAUUGGGAUAAAUGCUGGUCCAUCAGAAACCGAGGUGUCUACAUCUAAGCCCAUGGAUCAUUUGACACUCAAUCACUUGCUUUUGCAGAGUUCUGGUUUCAGGCGUCAUUCUCAUAAUGAUGAGGGUUCACAAACUGAGUUGCCGCAGAGAAAUGGAACAAUAGAAAACAAUUUAUUUCAAGCCCUUAACAUACCGUCAGCCCCUCUGGAUGAGCAAAUGAGUUUGAGUGAGAAAUUUUAUGGCCUUGAUUAUAAUAACCAAAAGCCUGAAUAUGGAAACGAGAGUUCAAGAUCAAAAAGUGCUACAAAUGAGAAUGAUUAUGCCCAACCUCCAUCAGGGGAUGACUUGUUUGAUAUUCUGGGUAUGGAUUUUAAGAAAAAAGUAUUUAGUGACAGCUGGAAUAAUUUUUACAACCAUGAACCAGACACGAACAAGAACACUUCAAUUGAUGACAUGGUGACUUCUUUAAAUCCUUGGGAUGCAGAUCCUGACUUGUAUUCUUUUGAUGGAGGAAAUUCAGACAGUGGUAUUUUCUCUGUGACGGGCACUGACCAUUUAUUAGAUGCUGUUGUAAAUAAGGCCCGCAUUGCUCUGAACCAGAGCUCAGAUGAAAGUGCAUCAUGCAAGACAACCUUGACUAAGAUUAAUGGCUCUUCUGUUCCUAUUGCUUCUCCCUCCUAUGGCCAGGUUAGUAUUUCUGAUCAGAAGCAAGGAGAGUUCUGUGGACUUCCCAAGCCUCUAGCAAAAUUAGCACCAGUAGGAUCGUGUUCCUUCAAAUCUGAGUGCAACAAAGAUACAAAGAGCUACUCCCAAGCCAAUUCUGUUUAUGGAUCACAGAUCAAUUCAUGGGUUGAACAGGGAGAUAGCACGAAGCAUAACAAUAGUGCUUCGACUGCAUACUCAAAGAGGCCUGAUGAAGUCAGCAAAUUGAAUCGCAAAAGGCUUAAGCCUGGAGAGAACCCUAGACCCAGGCCAAAAGAUCGCCAGAUGAUCCAAGAUCGUCUCAAAGAGUUGAGAGAAAUUGUUCCUAACGGGGCAAAGUGUAGCAUUGAUGGGCUGCUGGAACGUACCAUCAAGCAUAUGCUUUUCUUGCAAGGUGUCACAAAACACGCUGACAAGUUAAAACAAAUCGGAGAGUCAAAGCUUGAUGUGCAGAUUGCCAGUAAGGACCCCGGGAUGUUAUUGGGUCACAACUUUGAGGGAGGAAGAACGUGGGCAUAUGAGGUUGGCUCGCAGUCUAUGGUCUGUCCUAUCAUAGUUGAGGAUCUGAAUGCCCCUCGUCAAAUGCUUGUGAAGAUGCUUUGUGAAGAACGUGGUUUGUUCUUAGAAAUAGCCGACAUGAUUAAGGGAUUGGGAUUAACUAUACUGAAGGGGGUGAUGGAAACUCUGAAUGACAAGGUCUGGGCUCGAUUUGCUGUAGAGGCCAAUAGAGAUGUCACAAGAGUCGAAGUAUUUCUCUCUCUCGUUCACCUUUUAGAGAAAACUGGCAAGCGCAGCGCGGCAUCAGGCAACGGUGCUCACAACGACAAUAUGAAUAUGACAGUCCAACAGCAUUUCCCCCAAGCAGCCCCAGUAUCUGCUUCCGGUAGGUCUUGUAGUUUGCACUGAUGGAAGCCAACCAGUCAUGUUUGAUGUUCGAGUCUGGACAUGUUGAGAGCGACUGUGUUUUGGGUCGCCAUGACGAACAUGAUCCCAUACCAGUUUACUUCAGGCCGUUCUAACUCUUUAACUGAAAUUCUUCUUCUAAGACCAACUUUAGGACGACCUCUUACUAAGCGGGGAAGACUGUUCUCCGUAAGAACACGCUUGUCAAAGAACUCCGUCCGUUUCUUCGUCUAUCGAAAGAGGGAGUGAAGGGCAUCUGAAUGAACCGAUCAAAUUGCUUCGAGGGGUAUUUCCUGAGAAAUAGUUUUACAGAUUACAGGGUUCGGUGCGCGCCUCUUUCUCUCGUAGAUUUCCAUUUUUCCCCGGUGUUUGUUUGGUGGGUAUAGUUCUGUAUACGGGAGAUGGUAGCAGAUUCCUGUUUCUGUUUGUUGUGGGGUCUUGUUGACAAAAUGUACAGAAAAUAUGGGAGAUGAUUUAGAAUUGGGUGUGGAUUUCAUUUGGCAACCUUUUUUUCCAAUCAAAUGGAUUCCUGGAUGAUGGUGUUCGUGUUU